CUUCACGUAGACCGAAAGCAAACUCAUCCACUAUAUCUUUUUUUUGGUUUUCCUCUCUUCCUCUCUUUCUUUCUUUUCUUUCCUUUCCCACCCCUUUCUCUCUCUUUCUCUUUCUCUCGCUCUUCUACUCUUGUUUUCACUUUUGCUUGCCUGACUUUCAAGAUAAUUAAGGAUCUAUUAAAAUAAAAAACAUGGGUAUCAUAUCCCUUGUUCGAUCUACAUGGACCUGGUCCUAUGCAGCCUUGUCCAUCUCGGUCUUGCUACUGAUAGGAACCGCUAUCAAAGGAAUACCGACUAAGAACAGGAAAGCUAAUGCGAUCUUGUCGAUUCUGAACAACCAGCUUUCCGAGUUGCCUCUGACCAUCUUGGCAUUAGACAUUGCUUUCUAUCUCUGGUUGUCAAUCACAGGCACAGCUCAAAUAGGAGUAUCAGGGUUAGUGCGAUUCUUCAACUAUAUCAACGUCAUUUCAGCAAUGGGGCUGUUGUUCCUGUUGAAGCGAUCGUAUGACACCAAGCACGCUGUUGAAGAGUUUUUGAGAAAUCUUUCAAAGGAAAAGAAAGUUCUUACUGAACUUCCAGGAUUUGACUCACCACGAUUCUGGCGUCAGAUCUUGAGUCCUAUUCAUGCGCCUCAGAACUGCCUCAUUCAUGAAAAUAUUUAUUAUUGGACCCCAAAUGAACAGGGCAGGGUAAUGUCUGAUGAUGGCUGGGAAACAGCUCUUGAAAUGGCUCUGGACAUCUACAGACCCAAAACUAUCGAAGGAGGUGAUAAUAGACCUGUCUUUGUUUACAUCCAUGGAGGUGGAUGGACAUCAGGAAACAAGCUGCAGACAGGGCCUCUGUUGACAGAACUUAUUUCGCGUCAAUGGGUUGUAGUCUCGGUCGGUUACCGUGUGACCUCGAAAUCACCCUAUCCUGUCCAAUUGAUCGACUGCAAACGCGCACUUCGCUGGAUCAAGGAUGAGAUUAAUAUCUAUGGCGGCGACCCAACCAAUAUCAUUGUAGGCGGUGACUCUUCGGGCGGACAUUUGGCAGCACUCUUGGCUCUGACACCAAAUAGACCUGAGUACCAACCUGGAUUCGAGCACGUGGACACGACUAUUCAGGGAUGUGUCCCUCAAAGCGGUUCAUUGGAUUUACCAGAUUUGAAAAACUAUAGUCAUCAUGAUGGCAGGACAAGAUUCAUCAAGGAGGUUGCCCGUCGUGAAGGAUCCGCGGAGUCUGAGGACAAUCUUCGAUUCUUGACAGAGCACUCGCCCCUCCACAAUGUGCAGCAGGCCAAUGUCCCAUUCAUGAUCAUUCACGGAGACCUUGAUAACAUGACACCAGUCCAAUCUGCUCGCGACUUCGUACAAGAGUUUAAGAGUAAAUCCAAGGCAUCAAUUGAUUACUUGGAGAUCCCUGGUGGUCAUCACUGCUUUCAUGUUUUCCCAUCGCCCAGGACAUGGUACACCGUGAUUGCAACAGCUGAGUGGCUUGAAGCCAACUUUGACCACAACAAAGAUAUGGCAAAGCCGUCAGUAGCUGGGAAAAACCAAGGACAAGAUCUAGUGGAGUGGUAGUCAUCAUGAAAAAGUUGUGUAAAAAAUUGACACAUGUCAUUUAGUGUUAGUGAAAGUUUCUUUAAAUGAUUAAAAACUCUAAAAGUCGGACAUUUCACUGUAAAUGAGGCACGGUGAACUGUAAUGGAUAAAUGCAC